UGCCUAGGUAACCCUCUCUUUUACUGCACGUUUUUACUCCCGGCUUUGCUCCUUAUUAUUCCAAUCAUUUUCCCCCUCUCAAUAAUUCUCUCAACGCAGUUCCUCUAAAGUUUCUCGUGUACUUCCCUUCCCCUCAGCCCCUCGGCAAGAUGGUCUCACCAGCCAUCGUGUCAACAACGCGAUCAAUAUCCCAACGCCAAUGUCGCACUAUUCUCAUCCAGGCGAUCGUCGCAACUGUCAUCAUUGCCUUCGUAUUGAAAUCCUACGGCCUUUCAGUACGAGACCUUAGCACAACACCAGAAGAGCAGAACGUGGGUAUCCCGAGUAGCUACACUAGUGAAAGCUUGCUUGCGCCCGAGCCAGGACAGGGGCUGUCUUUGGCGGGAGAACUUGACAAAAAGCCUGACUUAAACUUGGAUGAGAGCCAGUUGCAAGAAUGGUCCCGUCAAGAAAUCACCGGCAUUGACACCGGCGCCGAUCUCGCUACGCUAUGCAAUCAGGGGAGUAGACCGUGGAAUCCCAAUAUCAUCAUCGAGUGCUCCGCACUUGAGGGAGGUUUUGGUAAUGUUCGCCUAGACAUCUUGCAGUGUCUUCGGUACGUUAUCGAGGCCAGAGUAUCUAUGAAGCUGUCACAAGUUGCUCGUCGAAACGCCGACGAUGUAUCAGACUUUCGAACAAGCGAUCGUGUCGGACUUGAAUAUUUGAUUGAUAAAUCGCGCUUCCUGAAGACUCUAGGAAAACACUGCCCCAACCUCGUCAUACACCCUCCGGAGUACGAGGACGCGCGAAUCCGCCGUCUCCCCAACGUUUACCCAGUCGGUGAUCUGCAACUCGAAAGCUACCUUGAGCCGUGGCAGGUUCCCGGCAAAAACAUGCUUGCAAAGCCCGAACAAUGGCCUCCGGCCCUUGAUAAGUGGCUAGAAUCAUCAACAGAAGGGAAGCCGCCGUCGGCCGAGUCCCCGGUGAUUUUCGGAAUUCAUUCCAUCAUGUUCGGCUGGCCGGUGGCGUAUGACCCGCCCUCCAUGGCGCGUCACUUCAGUGGGCUUGUACGCCCUCGCGACGAAAUCAAGCUUCUGGCCGCCGCAGCGCUCCAGCGGAUGCAGGACCAGUACAACGCGCAUGUCGACUUCCGGACUAGCGACGAGCCGAGGGUCCGCGACAACGCCUUUAUCGGCGUUCACCUGCGUGUCGAGAAGGACGCCACCGACUACCACUACUUGUCGUACGAGAAUCAAUUGGACUACCUCAAUCAGCGGCUAAGGGAGCGCAAUGGUAACGCCACGCACCCUCCCGACAUGACUCUGCCGGACACGGAGAAGUCGGUGCUCUACGUCGCAUGCGGCGACGCCAACAGUAUCGCCCGUCUCGCCAAGGAUGUUGCGCCAAUCACCGUCGUGACCAAGAAUGAGCUGCUACCUGAGGACACCUUUGCCGGCGCGUCGCUGCGCAACAUGACCUGGGACCAGCAGGCGCUCGUGGACAUGCUGAUCCUGGAGCACUCAGGCUACUUCAUCGGCGUCAGGGAUUCAACCUUCUCAUGGCAUCUGGCAUUGCGGCGGGCGGCGGCUGUGAACUGGGUCAUCGGCGGGUACCCUGACAGUUGCUGGUUAAACUCUAGCGGCACAGAUAGUGCUAACACAAGAAGCGGAUGCAAGUCAAUGCUAGCGGACAAUGAGGAGUGGCGCGACAAUUUAAGUAGCUUGGUCGGCAGCGGUCAUAUUUGGAUAGGGCCCGACACUGCGAGGUCAAUUUGGCCCUAAGUUAGGGGGUAGAGUAGUAGUACCGGUACAGAGGGAGCUAACAAAAGACCCUGCCCAUAAUGCCAAGACCGCCGGACCCACCAUUAUUAAAUCCAGCUAAUUAGAGCAAGUAGAUUUAUCCCCUCUCUUUUUCUUAACUAAGGCCACUACUAGAGUAAGUUCUUUAUAAUAAUUC